AGUCAUUGCUCGCUCACAGCAGAACAUCGCAGCAGCAGCAGCAAUGAGGAUCCUGGUGUGUGUGUACCUGUGCGGUCUAGCCCUCGCUGUCCUCGCUGAGGAGGAGCAGAAGGUGAAGACAGAGAAGAGAGGACUCUCUGGCUCCCUUGGUGGAUACGGCGGCGGCUUCGGUGGAGGCUACGGAGGCGGCUACGGUGGAGGCUACGGAGGCGGCUACGGUGGUGGCUACGGAGGUGGCUACGGAGGUGGAUAUGGAGGCGGCUUCGCUGGCGGACUCGGUGGCGGUCUUGGAGGCGGCAUUGGAGCCGGCAUCGGUGGUGGGGCUCCUCAGGUCACUGUCAACAGCGUGCCCGUGCCUGUUCCAGUGCCUGUGGAGAAUACCGUUCCAGUUCCAGUGAGGGUUCCAGUGACAGUACCCGUGGAGCGGCCUGUUCCCGUCCGCGUACCGCAGCCGUACCCUGUCCCUGUGGACAACCCUGUGCCCGUCCCCGUCAAGGUCCCCACCCCAGUGUCCGUCCCAGUACCUCAGCCCUACGUCGUUAAGCGUCCAGUGCCCUACGUCGUCAGCGCUGGCCACGGUGGUCUCGGCGGAGGACUCGGCGGUGGUCUCGGCGGAGGUCUCGGCGGUGGUCUCGGAGGAGGCCUGGGCGGUGGUCUCGGAGGAGGCCUCGGAGGAAAAUUCGGUGGAGGCUACGGCGGCGGCUUAGGCGGAGGAUACGGCGGAGCUGUCGGUGGCUUUGGCGGACUUGGGGGCUACGGAAAAUACGGCCACUGAAAUCUGAUGCUGAACCCAAGAACUUGACCAGUAUGCACCACCAGAAUCCAUACCAUCUGGAUGUAAAAUCUUUGAAAAAUAAAAUACUUGGAAUAAAA